UCUUGGAUGUGGCUAACGGAGCUAGCACUGAGUGUUCGGAGAGGACGAUCCGAACCGAACCGAACCGAAGCGGGACAUUUCCCCGAGUCCAGCCGAGCCGAGCCGAGACGGACACCGGCACACAGACCGGGACCCGCUGCGGGCUCACCGGGCAUAGAACGGCACAUCCGGAUAACUUUCCCCGCAGAGAGGAACUGUUGCUCGGCUUCCUGCGGGUCCAUGUCCGGUCCUCACUGAACCAAGCCGGUCCCGGUAAUCCUCCGGUCCUCUGCCCGGUAACCCUCCGGUUCCGGUAACCCUCUGGUCCCAGUUACCCUCCGGUCCGCUGCCCGGUAACCCUCCGCUGCCCGGUAACCCUCCGGUUCCGGUUAACCUCCGGUCCAGGUAACCCUCCGGUCGUCUGCCCGGUAACCCUCCGGUCCUCCGGUCCAGGUAACCCUCCGGUCCCGGUUACCCUCCGGUCCCGGUUACCCUCCGGUCCCGGUAACCCUCUGGUCCUCCGGUCCCGGUAACCCUCCGGUCCUCCGGUCCCGGUAACCCUCCGGUCCUCUGCCCGGCCUGGAGCCGGGGAUGCCGGGGGAACCGGACGCUCAGACCGGCUUCAUGUCACUCUGACCGGGAUCAUGUCCUCCAGGACGCCGCUGCCCACCGUCAGAGAGCGGGACGGAGACACGCAUGCCUCAACAGACGAUGGUCGUGUUACCGUGGCGACCCGCUCCGCCCGCAGUAAAGCGUCGUCGGCCGCAGACGAGACGCCGCACGUUGGAAACUACCGACUGCUGAAAACCAUCGGGAAGGGAAACUUUGCUAAAGUGAAGCUAGCACGACACAUCAAGACAGGAAAAGAGGUGGCGAUAAAGAUCAUUGAUAAGACUCAACUGAACCCGACGAGCCUGCAGAAGCUCUUCAGAGAAGUCAGAAUAAUGAAAAUCUUAAAUCAUCCAAAUAUUGUGAAGCUGUUUGAGGUGAUAGAGACAGAGAAGACUCUGUACCUGGUGAUGGAGUACGCUAGUGGAGGUGAGGUGUUUGACUACCUCGUAGCUCACGGGAGGAUGAAGGAGAAGGAGGCCAGAGCCAAGUUUAGACAGAUAGUGUCUGCGGUUCAGUACUGCCACCAGAGACGCAUCGUCCACCGAGACCUGAAGGCAGAGAACCUCCUCCUGGAUGCAGACAUGAAUAUAAAGAUCGCAGACUUUGGCUUCAGUAAUGAGUUCACUGUCGGUGGGAAACUGGACACGUUCUGUGGUUCUCCUCCGUAUGCAGCUCCCGAACUCUUCCAGGGGAAGAAGUAUGACGGUCCAGAGGUGGACGUUUGGAGUCUGGGAGUGAUUCUCUACACUCUGGUCAGCGGCUCGCUGCCGUUUGAUGGACAGAACCUGAAGGAGCUGAGGGAGCGAGUGCUGCGAGGUAAAUACCGGAUCCCCUUCUACAUGUCCACUGACUGUGAAAACCUGCUGAAGCGGUUCCUGGUUCUGAACCCGGGGAAGCGAGGAACUCUGGAGCAAAUCAUGAAGGAUCGCUGGAUCAACUCCGGCUACGACAGCGACGCCCUGAAACCCUUUCUGGAGCUGGAGCAGGACCUCAGAGACCAGAACACCAUCGAGCGCAUGGUGGCGAUGGGCUACAGCAGGGAGAAGAUCAACGAUUCGCUCACCAACAGGAAGUACGAUGACAUCACGGCCACCUACCUGCUGCUGGGACGCCGCUCUGCUGAGGUCAGCGUCGCCGUGGUAACCGCUCGGUCAGCUUCCUGUCGUAGAUCAGCUGUGAUAACACGAUGUCUCCCGCAGGUGGAGCCUCGGCAGACCGGCAGCAGCCCGUCUCCUGCGCGCCUCCUGGGCCAGCGCGCCUCCUCCUCCAAACAGAAGAGGAGCAGCGACCACGGGUCCUCGGCCGCCCCCCCCAGGAGGAGUCACACCGCUACAGAGGAGGUGAAGCAGGAGGUCGGAGGUCACAGCAGGAGGUCCAGUCCAGUGGAGUCGGGCAGUCCACUUCUGGGGAACGCCAACAACCCCAACAUGGCCGACAUCCCGGAGCGCAGGAAGAAGUCUGCCGCUCCAACCAGCUCGGGUAUGACGAGGAGGAACACCGUCUGCAGCGAGAGGAACUCUGCGGUCCAGAACGGGAAGGAGACCAGUGUAACAGCCACGCCCCCCCAGCGCUCGGUGGGCGGGGCCUCGACCCACAGUGUGAGCUCCCCUCCGGACCGCGGCCGGUUCCCUCGAGGUUCUGCCAGCCGCAGCACGUUCCACGGAGGCCAGCUGAGAGAACGCCGCUCCGCCACCUACAACGGGUCACAUGACCAGUCACGGGCCAGAGGGGCCAACUUCCUGUUCUCCAAACUCACCUCCAGACUGAGCCGCAGUCGGCCGGUGUCUGAUCAGAGGGAGGAGCCUGCGUCUCCUGCGUCUCCUGCGCCUCCUGCGUCUCCUGCGCCUCCUGCAUCUCCUGCGCCUCCUGCGUCUCCUGCGUCUCCUCCCCAGCAGAAGGAGUCGAAGCCUCGCUCCCUGCGCUUCACAUGGAGCAUGAAGACCACGUCGUCUCUGGAGCCGGCCGACAUGAUGAAGGAGAUCCGGAAAGUUCUGGACGCCAACAACUGCGACUAUGAGCAGCGCGAGAACUUCCUGUUGCUCUGCGUCCAUGGCGACGGCCACGCCGACAGCCUCGUCCAAUGGGAGAUGGAGGUCUGCAAACUGCCCCGCCUCUCGCUCAACGGCGUCCGAUUCAAACGGAUCUCUGGAACGUCAAUCAACUUCAAAAACAUCGCCUCCAAGAUCGCUGAUGAACUCAAACUGUAGAGAGAGAGAGAGACAGGAGGAGAGAUAGAGAGAGAGAGACGGGUGGAGAGAGAGAGACGGGUGGAGAGAGAGAGAGAGAGACAGGUAGAGAGAUAGAGAGAGAGAGAGACGUGGAGAGAGAGAGAGAGAGAGAGACAGACGGGUGGAGAGAGAGAGACAGGUGGAGAGAGAGACAGACGGGUGGAGAGAGAGAGACAGAGAGAGAGAGACAGGUGGAGAGAGAGAGACAGGUGAACAGCCGUCUCUCUCUCUCUUUGCUUGCUGAUUGGUUGUUGAUUCUGCACACUGAUGAUGUCACAGCUCAGUAUGAACA